AUGGGUAGUGUCGGCGAGUCCACUUCAGUAUUUUCGUCUAUCAAGGCGAUCCCGUACGACGAGGCUUAUCAAGUUACCGCAGCCUUGGCGGCGGACAAGACCCCAACGAAGGUGGACUUGGGCGCAGGCGUGUACAAAGAUGAGAAUGGAUUACCGUGGACCUUGCCAUCUGUAAAAGAAGCAAUUGCUCGGCUCCCCGAUGACCACACCUAUCUUCCGCAGAGCGGAUUCCCCCCUUUCUUGAAUGGCGCCCGGUCCCUUAUGUUUGGAGAUCUUUCCAAUGACCAAGACGCGCGCCUGAGCUCUAUUCAGACAGCAUCUGGAUCCCAUGCCUGCCAUGCCGGUGCCAUGUUUCUUAUCAAAAACGGCCUGAAGCCCAAGACCGUCUUCAUCUCGGAUCCGUCAUGGAUGAACCAUGCACUCAUCUGGGAAUGCGCAGACUCAACCGUCACUCGGAGCCUGUAUCCCUAUUAUCAUGCAGCUACCCGGUCGCUUGACUUUAAGGGCAUGAUCGCCUCACUGGAAAAGGACUCGCAGCCGGGAGACGUUGUCAUCCUGCAAGCUUGUGCCCACAACCCAACGGGCCUCGACCCAACCAAGGAACAAUGGGUCGCCAUUGCAGAAAUUUGUGAAAGGAAGAAACUUUUCCCUUUCUUCGACUCUGCUUACCAGGGGUUCGCUUCUGGAAAUUUCGACGACGACGCCUGGGCCAUCCGUUACUUCGCAAGCCGCCCCUCUAUGGAAAUGGCUGUGGCGCAAUCAUUCUCUAAGAAUUUCGGUUUGUACGGCGAGCGUGUAGGUGCACUCCAUAUACUGGCCAGCGAGCCCAGUGUCAAGCCCGCCGUUCAAUCGCAACUCGUACGUGUCUUGAGAUCCGAGAUUUCUUCCGGCACUGCUUUCGGCUCCAGAGUUGCUGCACAAGUUCUGGAUAACACGGAAUUGAAAACUCAAUUCCUUGAAGAGAACAAGAAAAUGAGCUCGCGGAUAAAGAGUAUGCGAGCAGCGCUUGUCGUGGAGCUUGAGCGGCUGGGUACUCCUGGAGACUGGAGUCACAUUACAAACCAGAUCGGGAUGUUCUCGUAUACGGGCUUGACUGCGCAACAGGUACAGGAACUGCGACAAAAACACCAUAUUUACCUGUUCUCCAGCGGACGAGCAUCAAUUGCUGGCCUGAACUCAAACAACGUGGCCCGUGUGGCUGCAGCAAUCAACUCGGUGGUUCUGGGACAGACUCAGGGCCAUGGACAUGAUAGUCUUGUCUAG